CGCAUGGCGCAGCCUGAAACUGACAAGCUGUCUGCCCCAAGUAGGAACUGCGGGCUUUGUGUUACCCCAGUUAUUUGGCAGCUGUUGGGAGCGGCGCUGCUGAAUGGAGCCCCUUGUCUGCUCAGCAGAGCCAAUUACAAGUGUCUGGGUUUAGCCAAGGGGAAGUGGAAUAGCAGCCAGUAACUAAGUUUAGUUUGAUGGACACGUUUCUCUGACUUCACCCGUGCUUAUUCACAUUGCCCCACACAGCAGCAGGUUGGGGCUGAGGAGGAGCAGGACAGCUCAGACUCCCUCAGCCAGGGCUGAGCUCCACCGAAGGGCUCUCCCUGGUGCUGCCGUUUUGAGCACUUAUUCCUGCUCAGGACAGGCUUCUCUUGGAUAAGAGGAAGCACUGGCUUAUUUUCUGAGGCGUAUGUAUUUCGUGGAAGCAAGAUCAUAAGUAUUGAGUUAAAUACGUGGUAAAUAUUUUAAAAAGGGAAACUCUUCUUUGUUCAAGGGAAGAAAACGGCUGUGGACAAUUGCUUGAGCAGCAUCUCAGUCAGUGGCUGACAAUUGAGGCUGACAGUUCUGAGAUUUAUUUUUAGCUCGAGAACUUUGUCUAAACCAGAAGCACUGUGUAGCUUUGGCAGUUGCUGCAUAUUCACUGUGGGUGGAUGGAACUGAGCAGUCGCAUCUGUGCUAACAAGCAUUCCGGGAUUGUAUUAAAGAAUUAAACUCAUGUAUUGGAAACUGAAGCUCUAUCAGCUCACCUGGGGAGCUCCACCCUCCGAACAUCUUCCAGAAGAGGCCCUGCACCGCCCCUAUGGUUGCGACGUUGAACCCCAGGCACUGAACGAAGCCAUUAGGUGGAGCUCCAAGGAGAACCUGCUGGGAGCCACCGAGAGCGAUCCCAACCUCUUUGUUGCACUUUACGACUUUGUAGCAAGCGGUGACAACACACUCAGUAUCACCAAAGGUGAGAAGUUGCGAGUCCUGGGUUACAACCAGAAUGGUGAAUGGAGUGAGGUACGCUCGAAGAAUGGGCAGGGCUGGGUACCGAGCAACUACAUCACACCAGUGAACAGCCUGGAGAAGCACUCGUGGUAUCACGGGCCAGUGUCACGCAGCGCAGCAGAGUAUCUGUUGAGCAGCCUCAUCAAUGGCAGCUUCCUGGUUCGUGAGAGCGAGAGCAGCCCAGGGCAGCUGUCCAUCUCGCUCAGGUACGAGGGACGUGUUUACCACUACAGGAUCAACACCACCUCAGAUGGAAAGGUGUACGUGACAGCAGAAAGCCGUUUCAGCACGCUAGCAGAACUAGUGCACCAUCACUCCACAGUAGCAGAUGGACUGGUGACGACUCUGCAUUACCCAGCACCCAAGUGCAAUAAGCCCACUGUGUAUGGAGUGUCCCCCAUCCACGACAAGUGGGAGAUGGAGCGGACUGACAUCACCAUGAAGCACAAACUCGGGGGAGGGCAGUACGGCGAGGUGUAUGUUGGUGUCUGGAAGAAAUACAACCUCACCGUUGCUGUGAAAACAUUAAAGGAAGAUACCAUGGAAGUGGAAGAGUUCUUGAAAGAAGCUGCUGUGAUGAAGGAAAUCAAGCACCCAAAUCUAGUGCAGUUAUUAGGUGUGUGUACCCUGGAGCCCCCCUUUUACAUCGUGACAGAGUACAUGCCAUAUGGGAACUUGCUUGACUAUUUACGGGAGUGCAACCGGGAGGAAGUGAGUGCUGUUGUGCUGCUCUAUAUGGCCACUCAGAUAUCCUCUGCUAUGGAGUACCUGGAGAAGAAGAACUUCAUUCACAGGGACCUGGCAGCACGGAACUGCUUAGUUGGAGAAAACCACGUGGUGAAGGUGGCUGACUUUGGCUUAAGUAGGCUGAUGACUGGAGAUACCUACACGGCUCAUGCUGGAGCCAAGUUCCCAAUCAAGUGGACUGCUCCUGAGAGCCUGGCCUAUAACACCUUUUCCAUCAAAUCAGAUGUGUGGGCCUUUGGUGUGCUGUUAUGGGAAAUUGCUACCUAUGGGAUGUCACCAUACCCAGGCAUUGAUCUCUCUCAGGUGUAUGAUCUGCUGGAAAAGGGCUACCGGAUGGAACAACCGGAGGGAUGCCCUCCAAAGGUUUAUGAACUGAUGAGGGCCUGUUGGAAGUGGAACCCACCAGACCGACCUUCCUUUGCUGAGACCCACCAGGCUUUUGAAACCAUGUUCCACGACUCGAGCAUCUCGGAGGAGGUAGCAGAGGAGCUUGGAAGAACAGCCUCCUCUUCAUCCAUUGUUCCUUACCUGCCCCGGCUGCCCAUGCUUCCCUCCAAGACAAGAACACUGAAGAAACAGGCAGAGAACAAGGAGAACAUUGAAGGAACACAGGAUACCCUGGAGCAUUCGGCAUCCAGCUCUGCACCAGGUUUAAUCAGAAGCACACAGCCAACAACUGGGUCUCCUGCACUGCCUCACAAGCAGAGGGACAAGUCACCCAGCAGCCUGCUGGAGGAUGCCAAAGAGACCACUUUCACCAGGGACAGAAAAGGUGGCUUCUUCAGCUCCUUCAUGAAGAAGAGGAAUGCUCCCACACCUCCCAAGCGCAGUAGCUCCUUCCGUGAGAUGGAGAAUCAGCCCCACAAGAAAUACGAGUUAACGGGUAACUUCUCAUCUGUUGCUUCCUUGCAGCACGUGGAUGGGUUCGCUUUUGCUCCCACACAGCAGGACACAAACCUGGCACCACCCAAGUGCUACGGUGGGGGCUUUGUGCAGAGGACCUUCUACAAUGACGAUGGCACUGGUACCAGCAGCGGUGGGGGUGUGAGCACUGGUGGUGGGUGGUCUGGCAUCACAGGUUUCUUUACACCACGCUUGAUUAAAAAGACACUGGGACUACGACCAGGAAAGCCCACUGGCAAUGAGGAAGCAUCAAAGCCUUUUCCAAGGUCGAACUCUACAUCUUCCAUGUCCUCAGGGCUUCCAGAGCAGGAUAGAAUGGCAAUGACCCUUCCCAGGAAUUCCCAGAGGUCAAAAAUCCAGCUGGAACGGACAGUGUCCACCUCCUCUCAGCCUGAUGAGAGCACAGGGAGGGCAAAUGACCUGCUGCCCAAAAGGUUUGAAGAAGGUUCUGCUUUGACCAGAGAAAGACCAAAAGCUAAACUCUUGCCAAGGGGUGCCGCAGCUCUCCCUUUCCGAACCCCCUCCAGUUCAGAGGAAAAGGAGAUUCCAGGGCUAGCAGCAACUCCUAAAAGCAAAGAAAAGAACAGUGGCCCUCGGCAAGGGGCCCUCGAGGAUGGCGAGAGACCAGGGUGGUCCUCUCCAGUAAAGGCUGCAGCAAUACUUCCAACCACUCAUAACCACAAAGUGCCAGUCCUAAUCUCACCCACUCUAAAACACACUCCAGCAGAUGUGCAGCUCAUUGGCACAGACUCUCAGGGUAAUAAAUUUAAGCUCUUAUCUGAGCAUCAGGUCACUUCUUCCGGCGACAGGGACCGGCCCAGACGGGUAAAACCAAAGUGUGCUCCACCUCCACCACCAGUGAUGAGGCUCCUACAGCAGCCAGCUGCCUGCUCGGAUGCAGCAGAAGAACUCAGCAAUGCGUCGGGAGCGCAGCACGGGCUGGAGUCAAGCGAAGGGAGUAAGAAGGCGGCAGCAGCACCUGUCAGUGGGAAAUCUGGGAGGCCCAUGAUGCCUCCACCACAAGUGCCUCUGUCAUCGUCUUCCACCUCCCCAGUGAAAAUGGCCAAUGGCACAGCUGGCGCAAAGAUAGCGUUAAGAAAGACCAAACAGGCAACUGAGAAAAUCCCAGCAGAUAAAAUCAGCAAGGAGGCAUUGCUGGAGUGUGCUGAUCUUCUCUCGAGUGCCAUCGCUGAGCCAACACCAAACAGCCAGCUGGUGGACACAGGGCAUCAGCUGUUGGAUUACUGCUCAGGCUACGUGGACUGCAUUCCGCAUACACGCAACAAAUUUGCCUUCCGGGAAGCCGUGAGCAAACUGGAACUCAGCCUGCAGGAACUGCAGGUGUCCUCAACAGCUGCUAGCAUCCCUGGGGCAAACCCCGUCCUUAAUAACUUAUUGUCGUGCGUCCAAGAAAUCAGCGAUGUGGUGCAAAGGUAGCUACUGUCAAUCUGGGUAAGAGAAAUACAUGUGGGGUGGGGGGGACUUUUUUCUGUACUGAUGCUUUCAACAGGAAAGACUGAUACUUGAGUAUGUGAAGUACCUCAGAUCACUGAGUUCUCACGUUUACAAGUUCAUCUCAGAAAAUGGGGAUGGAGAGGGUAGAUUCGAGCUGUAAGGGGCAGAACAUCAAGUAGUUGUCCCUACCUUGCCAGCCUGGUCUGCUCGGUAUGGCAAGGCAAGGAAGAUCCUUGCUCCUCCCUUUGACAGGCAGGAGAAUCGAUGGCAGGUUCUCGCUCUGGGAAGGACGGUCUGGCAGCCGGAAUACUGGAGUGGCUGCCGGCCCCUUGGCUGUACGGACGCACCCCAUCAGCUCUAACAUACGCUUUUGGGCUCCUGACAAGGCGAGGAAGGGCCCUGGGGCUCUGCUGGUACCAGCUGCUGAGCAGUCCUGGCUGGGCAGCUCUGAAGGAGCAGGCUGUGUGCAGCUGGGGGCAGGUCUAAUGCACUGACAGUAUUCAGAGCUGCUGGAGGUGGAUGCACUAGCCUCAGUGGCUUACUUCCACAGUGCUGUUGCUGCUGUAAUGAGAACUGCAAAAUUAGUUAAUAUAUGAAAUUAUCCCUUUUCCCUCCUGUCCACCUCAUCUCCCACAUGUUCUCGUCUUCAUUGUAGCUGAGGCAUCAGGAAUGCUGGGCAGACUUACCACUGGAAUUACCCCCAUCCCACCACACUGCCUUCACUCAGUCGAUUCCUAUUUCUAGUGGUCUAGCAUGAGUGCUGCUUGAUGGUCAUUGGUUGUGAGUAGUUUGGGACUCUUGCACAACUUGCCAGUGUUAAUAGGAUGGGGUGGGGUGUUGUUUUGUUUGUUUGUUUUUUUUAAAGCUCUAGAUUGUUUUUAACUCGUUACCAGGUUGACUCCCCAGUUCAGAUUCAGCACCUUGAGGCCCGUGGGAGGCAAGGCAGAACCUCUGCCACCAGCAGCCCCUGGCUGCAAUCUGCUUACCUUCAGCAGGCAGUGCUGGAGCCAGGAGAACAGCCUGGCCUGCCUGCAGGUCUCCCCGCACCGCUCCCUCCUCCUGACACAGCACAACCACAUCACAGCGCUUUCUGGGAUUUGUUGCUCUUGCUUACCAAUCUUGCAGCUUCCACUGCCCGGGGGCGUGAAGGUGACUAGGUAUGUCAACACAUGAGUCACAGCCAUCUUUUUUUAGUUUAUGUAUUUUGACAACUGGACCAGAAUCUCCUGCUGCGUAAAACUGCGUUCUGCCUGAAACGUGACAGAAGCGUUAGGGCCUUGCUUGGAGAGCUCCCACUGGAAUGUGGUCUCUGCUGGUCUACUGACAAUCCCAGAAGGCAGGCAGUCAUGUGGCUGAUCUCCUUCCGUCCUGGUGCUGUUGGUUGACUGUUGUGGCCUCAGAAAGCUGGUGUUCUGUGCAUGUGCACAGCUCCCUGAGAGUUAAAGGACUGGCAAGUACAGAGACCUCAACUACUUGUUGGUUAGAGAGAAGAAGCAAACAGGCCUGAUACCUGCAUCCAAAUACCCGUUACCCUGCAUGCUGCUGCUCACUUCACACUGUUUGUGAUGACAGAGGAUCUGGCUUGCUUUGCACCUUAAAUCUUUUAUUUUUAUUUUAUUUUUUUUGCUAAAGUGCUUUUUUUAACUUGUUUUUAAAGCGUGACUGUGCUGCUUUUAGGUUGAGCAUUUAGAGUUGAGCUGGAGCACAGGUGUGAAUUCAGAUGGUUGGCACUCAGGCAUUCCUUGUCUGCCUACAAGCAUUGCUCUGUUGGUGCUCAGAAGCAGGCUGGACCUCUUGGCACAAGCCACUGUUGUUUCCAUGGAACACGGUGAGAUGUGGCCUGAACCAUUCUUAGUAAUGUGCCCGUGUCUGAGAAUCCUCAUAUUAUUUACUAGUCUGUGGUAGAUAAAGUUGUGUGUCACGCUGCAUGAAUGUGCACCAGUGGAGCAGUAUGCGAGGUGAAAUGGACCACGUGUGCUUCACUGUCAAAGUGGGUGAAAUAAUAAUAAUAAAAAAAAAAA